ACCUAUUUACCGGUCUGUCUAGUCGCCACCUGAAAAUCAUUCGAAUCAUCAGAACCCUAAUUCAAUUAAGUUAGUGGAUCAAUUCUGAAACCAAACACAACAACAAUAAUGGUGAAAACUGGAAGACCGAAAGAACAAGUAGCGAUUGAUGCAAUCAAUUAUGCUAUGAAAGCUCUCAAGAAACGCCAUCUUCUCGAAGAAGGCGCUCAUGCUCCUGCUUUUCUCGCACUUUCUAGACCCAUCGUUUCUCAGGGUUUUGAGUGGAAAGAGAAAGCAGAGAAUUUGGAAGUGGAACUUCAGCAAUGCUAUAAAGCUCAAUCUCGGUUAUCCGAGCAACUUGUUGUGGAAGUAGCUGAGUCUAGAGUUUCAAAAGCUUCGCUUCAAGAGAAAGAAAAUGUGAUUUCUGAUAUGCAGAAGGAGUUGACAGAAUUGAGGGAUGAGUGCUCUCAAUUAAAGACGGAUUUGGAACAAAAGAUUAAUGAAGUAGAAUUAGUUAUCAGCGAGAAUUCAGAACUGAAAGCACAACUGGAGCAGAUGACUACUAAAGCUAAUGAAGCUGAAGCUGAAAAUAAGAUGUUGAUUGACCGCUUGAUGUUAGAAAAGAUGAAGGAUGCUGAACGCCUAAAUGAGGCAAAUGCACUAUAUGAAGACAUGGUUCAGCGGCUAAGGGCUAGUGGUCUAGAACAACUUGCAAGGGAACAAGUAGAUGGAAUUGUUCGUCGAAGUGAAGAAGGUGCUGAAUUCUUUUCAGAGUCAAACAUCCCUUCCAAUUGCAAAUACAGGCUAAAUGCACAUGAAGGAGGUUGUGCUUCCUUAUUGUUCGAGUACAAUUCUAGUAGAUUGAUUACUGGGGGACAGGAUCGUUCAGUUAAAGUGUGGGAUACAAAUACAGGAUCGUUAAGUUCAAGUCUUACUGGCUGCCUUGGCUCAGUAUUGGAUCUCACUAUCACCAAUGAUAAUCGAUCUGUUAUUGCUGCAAGCAGCUCAAACAACUUGUAUGUGUGGGAUCUUAGCUCAGGUCGAGUCCGUCAUACCCUUACUGGACACACGGAUAAAGUUUGUGCGGUUGAUGUUAGCAAGGUUUCGAGUCGUCUUGUUGUCAGUGCAGCUUACGACCGUACUAUAAAAGUUUGGGACUUGAUGAAAGGUUACUGCACAAACACAAUCAUGUUUCCCAGCAACUGCAAUGCUCUUUGCUUCAGCACAGAUGGACAGACCAUAUUUUCUGGACAUGUCGAUGGUAAUCUUCGGUUAUGGGACAUUCAGAGUGGAAGGCUGCUAAGUGAGGUUGCUGCACAUUCACACGCCGUCACGUCAAUAUCCCUUUCUCGAAAUGGAAAUAUUGCAUUGACCAGUGGAAGGGAUAAUUUGCACAAUUUGUUUGAUGUGCGAUCUCUGGAAGUUUGUGGCACAUUACGAGCCACAGUUAACAGAGUGGCUUCUAAUUGGAGUCGCUCGUGUAUCAGUCCAGACAACAAUCAUGUUGCCGCUGGGUCUGCUGAUGGAUCUGUCCAUAUAUGGUCAAUAUCUAAAGGUGAAAUAAUCAGUACUCUGAAGGAGCAUACUUCUUCUGUUCUCUGUUGUAGUUGGAGUGGAAUGGGAAAACCCCUAGCUUCAGCUGACAGGAAUGGAAUUGUUUCCAUCUGGUCAUAAUGGCUGUGGUAAAGAUCAACGUUACAGUUUUAAGAAAAUCUAACAGGUACGGGAUUGUUUCCAUCUGGUCACAGUGACGGUGUGGUAAAAAAGCUCUAUUUUACAGUUUUUAAAUUGGCUGGCUGAAAUCUUUAUUAAGCUGUUCCUUGUUUAGACAGGACACCAUUGAAAUUUUUGAAUGAUGUAUAUAUCAAUUUUUUAGCUAAGUACUUUCCUUUAGACCCAGUCUUGCUUAAUAUCUAAAGGGAAGCAUGAAUAGCACUAGUGUGCAAUGAAGCUAUAUUGUAGUAAAGAUAUUGAAUUGGCAAAAUUUAUCUAACCGUGUCAUUGGCAGGUGGUAAUUAACCUA